AUGGUGCAGCAGCAGCAGCACAGAAUCUACGUCUUGCAGUUCAGGAAGGGCGAGCCGGAGCAGGAGGUGGCAUGCAAGGUGUCGCAGCCCAAGGGCGCCGGGCGGCGGGUCAUGUACCACUACCAGGACUACGGCAGCGGUGGGGGCAAGAGCGGCAAGCAGGUGCAACCCAGGGCGCUCGGCCUGCGGCGCUUCUUGGCCAUGCUCCUGCUCUCCUUCCUCUGCGUGGGGACGCUGUUCGUGGCGCCCGUGUCCUUCCUCUCCUUCAUGCAUAGCGACGAAGGCGGCGCAGCGGCGGCGGCGGGGACAGGGGCGGUGGCGACGGCCGCGGCCGCGCGUGGCGGGGUGUCCGGGCCGUGCUCGUCCGUGGGGAACGACAGCCUCUGCUGCGACCGCACGUCGGAGCGCGCGGACAUCUGCUUCGCGCGGGGCGACCUGCGCAUGCACUCGGCGAGCGCGUCGUUCCAGCUCGUGUCCGCCGGCAACUCGACGGCGGAGGAGGAGCGGAUACGGCCGUACACGCGCAAGUGGGAGGCGAACGUGAUGGCGACGAUCGACGAGGUGCGGCUGCGGCGCGUGGUGCCCGGUGACGCCGCGCGGUGCGACGUGCGGCACGACGUGCCGGCCGUGCUCUUCUCCACCGGCGGGUACACGGGCAACGUGUACCACGAGUUCAACGACGGCAUCCUGCCGCUGUUCGUGACGGCGCACCACCUCCGGCGGCGCGUGGUGCUGGUGAUCCUCGAGUACCACGACUGGUGGAUGACCAAGUACGGCGACGUGGUGUCCCAGAUGUCGGCGUUCCCGCCGAUCGACUUCACCGCCGACCGCCGCGUGCACUGCUUCCCCGAGGUGAUCGCCGGGCUGCGCAUCCACGGCGAGCUAACCGUGGACCCGGCGAGGACGCCCGAGGGGAAGAGCAUCGGCGACUUCCGCAGGCUCCUGGAUGACGCCUACCGCGGCCGCAUCGAGUUCCUGGAGCGCCUGGAGCGCCGCGCGGCUCGGAAGCGCCUGCGCCUGCACCGCCACCGCCACCGCCGCGGCGCCGUGGUCCCCCGCGCGCCGCCAGGUCCGAGUCACGCAGACGACGACCGCCGCCCCAGGCUGGUGAUCGUGUCGCGGACGGGGUCCCGCGUGAUCGAGAACGAGGCGGACGUGGCGGCGCUGGCGGCGGACGUCGGGUUCGACGUGCGCGUGAUCCGGCCCGACCGCACCACGGAGCUGUGCAAGAUAUACCGGGAGCUGAACGCCAGCGACGCCAUGGUCGGGGUGCACGGCGCCGCCAUGACGCACUUCCUGUUCAUGCGCCCCGGGAAGGUGUUCAUCCAGGUGGUUCCGCUGGGCACGGACUGGGCCGCCGGCGCCUACUACGGCGAGCCCGCCGAGCGGAUGGGCCUGCGAUACGUCGGGUACAAGAUCGCCCCCGAGGAGAGCUCGCUGUCCCGCGAGUACCCCACGGGCGACCCCGUGCUGACGGACCCCGCCGGCGUGGCGCAGCCCGGCUGGGACGUGACCAAGAAGGUGUACCUGGACCGGCAGAACGUGCGGCUGGACCUGGCGCGCUUCCGGGAGGAGCUCGUCGGAGCGCACCGGUACCUGCUGGCCGCCGGCGGCGGGCGGCGGCGGCCGAGAGCGCCCGAGUGA